UAUUUUUGUUUGAAAUGUGAAGAUUCGAUUCGCUUGGUGUUGCAGUUGAAGGAACAAUUCAAACUCAGUGACGAAUCGAUUCUUUGCGUCUUUCCUCAUAAGAUUUUGAGUUGAGGAAAAAGAAAGAAAGAUUCGAUUUUUUUCAUCUGUUACUCUCACCAAGUUUGAAGCUUUAAGAUAAGAAAAGAAGAACCGUAGGUAUAUGUGUGUUUUGUCUCAUGUUCUCUCCGCCUUUGGUUUUGUUGGUAGCUCCGUUUUGCUUCCAUGGCGGAAAUGAAAAGUUGCAGGUUCACUCUGUGUUUGGUUUUGCUUCUGGUUCUAUGCUUUCACCAAACAACAACUGUAGAAUGCAAAGAAAUGAUCAUUAGACGACUCAAGAUUGGAUUCAAAAGGGUAAUUCUCAGCAUUGUGCUGGGAAUUCUAACUGGAUCGGUUGGAUCUCCUUUCUUCGCUUUACUAAUCAAACUCACUGUUCAGUACAUCAACCAAACCCCGUUCCUUAAAGGUCCAGUUAUAUUUUCCCCCAUGAUAUCUUCCAAGACACUUCAAUCAGCCCUAGCCAAUGAGAACCUGUUGUUGGGGUCAAGCACCAACGGCAAGUACUACAAGACGGUUCUCGAUAAUGGCCUCAUCGUAGCCGUCAAAGUGCAGGAGCCCUUCGACAGCGGCUCGAGCAAGUCAGUGAAGAGGAGGAUACAACAAGAACUUGAGGUUCUUGCUAGCUUGAGGCACAGGCAUUUGAGGAGCUUACGGGCUUAUGUUCGAGAAUCCGAUUGGUUCUCUUUGGUUUAUGAUUAUAUGCCAAUGGGGAGCCUCGAGGAUGUGAUGAAUGGAGUAAGGGUAAACCAGUUGCAGCUUAGAUGGGAUGUCAGGCUUAGGAUUGCUGUGGAGGUGAUUAAGGGCCUUCAAUAUCUUCGCUUUACUUGUGAUCCACAGGUUUUGCACUACAAUUUGAAGCCUACUAAUGUGAUGUUAGAUGGUGAAUAUGAACCGAGGCUGGCCGAUUGCGGAUUGGCUAAGCUCAUGUCUAACAUCGAUCGAGCAGCGUCGGGUUGUUGUGCUCCCGAGUGUUUCCAGAACUGCAGGUACUCGAAGUGUUCCGAUAUUAAAGCUUACUGCAUCCGGUAGUAGAAUCUUUAGGCUUGUUAGUUAAUAUUAUGGAGUUCGUUGCAGAAUUUUUAGUUGACAGUUGAUUUGUUACCCUUGAGGACUAGUUUUUAGAUAAUUGAAACACUUGUUGAAUUAAACCAAUAAAUGACCAUCCAACUCAGUUGGUAGAGCACAAGGCUCUUAACCUUGGAGUUGUGGGAGAUAUG